AUGUUGUCAGAUAAAGAGCUAUACGAAUUAAAUAAGAAGGCUGUUACCCAGGGGUUUAAUAUCAAGCCAAGGUUGAACUAUAACACGGUUGGGGGUGUCAAUGGUCCAUUGGUGAUUUUGGAAAACGUGAAGUUCCCAUCAUAUAACGAGAUUGUCGAUUUAACCUUGCCCGAUGGAACUACCAGAGCAGGUCAAGUUUUAGAAGUUAGAGGCGAUAAGGCCGUUGUCCAAGUUUUUGAAGGUACAUCCGGCAUUGAUGUCAAGAAAACCAGAGUUGAAUUUACCGGUUCCAGUUUGAAAAUUCCAGUUUCCGAAGAUAUGCUUGGUAGAGUCUUUGAUGGUUCUGGUAGACCGAUCGAUAAUGGGCCAAGAGUUUUUGCUGAAGACUACCUUGAUAUUAAUGGAUCUCCAAUCAACCCAUAUGCAAGAAUCUAUCCUGAAGAAAUGAUUUCCACUGGUGUUUCUGCAAUCGAUACAAUGAACUCGAUUGCAAGAGGUCAGAAGAUUCCAAUUUUCUCUGCUUCUGGUUUGCCACAUAACGAGAUCGCAGCACAGAUUUGUAGACAAGCAGGUUUGGUUAGACCAACAAAGGAUGUCCAUGAUGGUCAUGAAGAAAAUUUCUCUAUUGUUUUUGCUGCAAUGGGUGUUAACUUGGAAACUUCGAGGUUCUUCAAACAGGAUUUCGAGGAAAAUGGAUCACUUGAAAGAACAUCGUUAUUCUUGAAUUUGGCAAACGAUCCAACCAUUGAAAGAAUUAUUACUCCAAGAUUAGCAUUAACAACAGCUGAAUACUUGGCAUACCAGACCGAGAGACACGUUUUGACCAUUUUGACAGAUAUGUCCUCUUACGCAGACGCAUUAAGAGAAGUUUCUGCAGCUAGAGAAGAAGUUCCUGGUAGAAGAGGUUACCCGGGUUAUAUGUAUACCGAUUUGUCUACCAUUUAUGAAAGAGCAGGACGUGUUGAGGGAAGAAAUGGUUCGAUUACACAAAUUCCAAUUUUAACAAUGCCAAAUGAUGAUAUCACGCAUCCAAUUCCAGAUUUAACUGGUUACAUUACAGAAGGACAAAUAUCCGUUGAUAGACAACUACACAACAGGGGUAUCUAUCCACCAAUUAAUGUUUUACCUUCAUUAUCGAGAUUGAUGAAAUCUGCUAUUGGUGAAGGUAUGACAAGAAAGGAUCAUGGUGAUGUGUCUAACCAAUUGUAUGCAAAGUAUGCAAUUGGUAGGGACGCGGCAGCAAUGAAGGCUGUUGUUGGUGAAGAAGCACUAUCAACUGAAGACAAAUUAUCCUUGGAAUUUUUGGAGAAAUUCGAGAAGACAUUCAUCUCCCAAGGUGCAUACGAAAAUAGAACUGUCUUUGAAUCUCUUGAUCUAGCGUGGUCUUUACUAAGAAUUUAUCCAAAGGAGAUGUUAAACAGAAUUUCUCCAAAGAUUUUGGAAGAAUUCUAUGAUCGUGAAAGAGACGACGAUGACGAAGACGAAGACGAGGAUGAGGAAAACAGGGAAGACAAAUAA